GCUCCAAUCCACCCGAAACAAACCCGGAGAAGAGCAAAACUUCAAUAGAGCCGAUUGUACGGCACAUGCAAAUCCUUGUGUGGAGAGUAUACAGAGGAGAAGAAGAUGAUGGAGGAUUCGGCCAAUAAAUCUCGGACCUUUCCGGUGGAUCCGACUCUGCCGAGAUGGGUCUGCCAGAACUGCCGCCACAACCUAUGCAUCGUCGGCGUCGACUCCUACGCCGACAAGUUCUACUCCGACUCCUCUCGCUCUGGAAUGCAGGGAUCUUUGAUCCAUGGGGCUGGCAGUGUGUUGGGUUCAACGCAUAUGGACCAUUCAUUUGUUGUGUUGCCAAAGCAGAGAAACCAGGCACAGGGGGUCCCUCCUCGUCCUCGAGGCGGAGCUGUCCAGCCUGAUGUAAGCCAGUCUGGAAAGGCAAUGGAAGAGUCUUUUGUGAUGCUGCCUCCAGCACCUGCUUCAGUGUACAAGUGUGAGUCUGCAGCUGAGGGUUCUGGGACCCACUUACCAUCGCCUGAAGGAGGUCCGAGUGGUCAUUUACAGCCCAACAAUUCUGGGUUUCACACAACUAUAACUGUUCUGAAGCGUGCCUUUGAUAUUGCCACAACCCAGAUACAGGUUGAGCAACCUUUAUGCCUUGAAUGCAUGAGGGUGCUGUCUGAUAAACUUGACAAGGAGGUUGAAGAUGUGAAUAGGGACAUCCAAGCAUAUGAAGCUUGUCUCCAACGUUUGGAGGGAGAGGCACGAGAUGUUCUUAGUGAAGCUGAUUUUCUCAAGGAGAAAUUAAAGAUUGAAGAAGAAGAACGGAAACUGGAAGCAGCUAUUGAAGAAACUGAGAAACAGUGUGCCCAAGUAAAUGCUGAAAUGAAGGAAUUAGAGUUAAAAUCUAGCCGCUUUAAAGAAUUGGAGGAGAGGUACUGGCACGAGUUCAACAAUUUCCAGUUUCAGUUGACUUCACAUCAGGAAGAGAGAGAUGCAAUUCUGGCCAAGAUUGAAGUGUCACAGGCACAUCUAGAGUUGUUGAAGAGAACUAAUGUACUGAAUGAUGCCUUCCCCAUUUGGCAUGAUGGAGAAUUUGGAACAAUUAACAAUUUUCGGCUUGGACGACUUCCUAAAAUUCCAGUUGAAUGGGAUGAGAUAAAUGCUGCCUGGGGCCAAGCUUGCCUUCUUCUCCAUACAAUGGUUCAAUAUUUCCGACCAAAGUUCCAAUACCGAAUAAAAAUAAUUCCUAUGGGAAGUUACCCUCGGAUUACGGACAGCAACAACAGUACUUAUGAACUGUUUGGUCCUGUGAACUUGUUUUGGAGCACACGCUAUGACAAAGCAAUGACGUUAUUCUUGACAUGCCUUAAGGACUUUGCUGAUUUUGCCAAUUCCAAGGAUCAAGAGAACAACAUUCCACCAGAGAAAUGUUUCAAGCUGCCUUAUAAGAUUGAGAACGACAAAGUGGAAAACUACUCCAUCACUCAGAGCUUCAACAAGCAGGAGAAUUGGACCAAAGCUCUCAAAUACACCCUCUGCAAUUUGAAGUGGGCUCUUUAUUGGUUUGUUGGAAAUACAAAUUUCCAGCCCCUUUCUGCAAUGGUCUCGUCACCUGAAGUUUCAGCUGUAGGCUCUUUGUACACAAAACGCAUUGCUGACUCCAAAUCCGAAGCUCGGAACUCAUCAAGCCCAUGAUACAGAAAAGUACAUUGUGAGCAACACAUUGAUGUAAAUAGAAAAAAACGUGAGUAACAGUUGUCUUGUGGAUUCCAUGUCUGUCUAAAGAAAAGAGUUGUCAUUGGAGUCCAUAUUAUUUGUCAUGCUGUCUCAUAUUGUUUCUCUGGACCUUUCAGAUGGUGAAAAACAGCAAUUGUAGAGAAUAUACUCAUUUUUCUUAAUACAUAGAAAGGUCAUUUCUA